AUGUCGGAUCAAGUAUCAGUUGAGGAGCAGCAGCAGCAGCAACAGCAACAGCAACAGCAACAACAGCAUCAGCAGUUGUUUGGUCAAGGGUUUCCACUGGAACAAUCUUACGGAAACGUUAAUGCUCCAGCGGAUCUCUCUGAACAAGCCAAGUUACAAGCAUUGAGAGAUGAAAGAGAUAAACUACAACAAGAGGAGGCACAACUAGCGGCGGUACAAGCAAGUUUCCAGUUUCAUCAACAACAUCAACAUCAACAACAGCAGCAGCAACAGCAACCUUUGUCGGUGGGAGCGUUUUCUUUAGGAACAAAUGUACCUGCAUCGGCAACUGUACCAACACCAGGGACUAUUGCAGAAACGCCAGUAUCUUCAGGGUUGAUUUCUGACGAGCAGAAGAGAGAAAGCGAUGCCAAAUCGAUAUAUAUUGGAAACGUUGAUUAUGGUUCAACACCGUUGGAAUUGCAGCAACACUUUUCUUCAGCGGGUGUUAUUGAAAAAAUUACUAUUUUGAAUAACAAAUUCACCGGAAGGCCUAAAGGUGUCGCAUAUUUGGCUUUCAGUGACCCAGAUAGUGUAAGCAAAGCAAUUGCCACUUUAGACGGAUCUAUAUUUCGAGACCGCGAGUUGAAAGUGAUGCCCAAAAGAACCAAUAUUCCAGGUAUAACUGUGCCUAGAGGCGGAGCCUUAAGAGGAAGAGGUGGAAGAGGUAGAGGAGGGUUUCGAGGUGGAAGAGGCAGAGGCGGAAGAGGUGGUGGAUUUAGAGGCGGAAGAGGUGGUGUUGGAUUUACGCCAUACUAA